ACACAGAGGAUGCCAGUGAAACCGACCUGGCAAAACACGAGGAAGAGGACUUUGUAGAGAUGAAAGAACAGAUGUAUCAGGACAAACUGGCAUCUCUGAAGAGACAGUUGCAGCAGUUGCAGGAAGGUACUCUUCAGGAAUAUCAGAAAAGAAUGAAAAAGUUGGACCAGCAGUACAAAGAAAGGAUACGAAAUGCAGAACUGUUCCUCCAGCUGGAAACAGAUCAGGUGGAAAAAAAUUACGUCAAGGAAAAGAAGGCAGCAGCAAAGGAGUUUGAAGAUAAGAAAAUUGAGCUUAAGGAAAAUUUAAUUGCAGAAUUGGAAGAGAAAAAGAAGAUGAUUGAGAAUGAAAAGCUAACCAUGGAAUUAACAGGAGAUUCAAUGGAAGUGAAGCCUAUUAUGACAAGAAAACUGAGGCGACGACCAAAUGAUCCAGUUCCUAUCCCAGACAAGAGGAGGAAACCUGCCCCUGCUCAGCUAAAUUAUUUGUUGACUGAUGAGCAAAUAAUGGAGGACCUGAGAACACUGAAUAAGCUUAAAUCACCCAAGAGACCAGCCUCUCCCUCCUCUCCCGAACACCUCCCAGCUACACCAGCAGAGUCUCCAGCACAGCGGUUUGAAGCCCGGAUAGAAGAUGGAAAACUCUACUACGAUAAGAGAUGGUACCACAAGAGCCAGGCUAUUUACCUGGAGUCUAAAGAGAACACUAAGAUCAGCUGCGUGAUCAGUUCUGUGGGUGCCAACGAGAUCUGGGUAAGGAAAACCAGUGACAGCACAAAGAUGAGAAUCUACCUGGGACAGCUGCAGCGAGGUGUUUUUGUGAUUCGUCGACGAUCAGCAGCAUGACUGUGCUCUUCCUUGGUCUUUUUUUUUUUUUUUUAACUGAUAGACAAACCUCUAACGGGAAAUGGCAGUCUGUUCACUCAUCUUAGCAGCAGAGAACUCUGUCAUGACCUUUUACGAGACAGUUUGUGGCUGGCCACAUAAUCCCCAGUAGUCCUUAAAUCUUUAGUGAUACCCAAGCACUGCCCUGGACUAUCUCCGGAUUUUGCAUCAAGCUUCUGUAUGCUCUCUUUACAUUUUGGGUGA